AAUUUGGCAGUUUGAAUCUCACCAGGCUCAAAGUUGACUCAGCUUUCCAUCCUUCCAAGGUGGGUAAAAUGAGGACCCAGGUUGUUGGGGGCAAGAGGCUGACUCUGUGAACCGCUUAGAGAGGGCUAUAAAAAGCACUGUGAAGCGGUAUAUAAGUCUAAGUGCUAUUGCUAAGUCCUAUUCGGUUGACUUUUAUUUUGCAUUGGCCAUCUGUGGUAGGAGGCAGAAUUCUCAAGAGGGCGUAAAAACCUUCCUCUCUGGAAAGCCUCACCCACAGGUGAGAACCUGAGAACCUGCUUAGCUUCUCUCUGCCUUCCAUCCUGUUCCCAAGUUAUUGCCUGCAGGCAUUCAAGCCUACCUCCUAAUCCUUGAGGAUUCUCGGCUGCUGUUUAAAAAACAAAAACACAGCCCAAACCAAAAGAACCACAAAGAAACUCAGGAAUGUGGAAGGCAAAUUUACAGCUUGCUUAAUCAUAGACAACCGAAGCUGCCUGGAUCUAUUUAUCUGCUAUCAUCCGCAGGAAGAAAUAUUUUCAUGGAGGCACAUAGAACGAUUUCGACAGCACCUGAAAAGUUAUUUGCUGCCUUGAAUGCAGCCAGGAACUGUCUCAAUAAUAGUAACAGAGUUGGAAGGGACCUUGGAGGUCAUCUAGUUCAACCCCCUGAUCACGCAGGAGACCUGUACUAGGGAUUCGAACCGCCAAACUGCUGACCUUUCUGAUUGACAAGCUUAGUGUCUUAGCCACUGAGCCCCCUAGUCAGGUGGAAAGUCUUUUUUUUUUAACCCUUCCAUGAGAUUGAAAUUGUGAACUGGAAGGAAGAUGUUCCUAGCUAGACCAUCUAGAAUAGAAUGACAGAGUUUGAAAGGGUCUUGGAGGUCUUCUGAUCCAACCCCCUGCUUGGGCAGGAAACGCUACACCACUUCAGACAAGUGUCUGUCCAGUCUCUUCUUACAAGAGUGUUGGAGCAUCAAACUUCCAGUGUUGGAGCAUCCACAACUUCUGAAGGCAAGCCGUUCCAUUGGUUGACUGCUCUCACUGGUAGGAAAUUUCUCCUUACUUCUAGGUUGCUUCUCUCCUUGAUUAGUUUCCAUCCAUUGUUUCUCGUCUUGCCUUCCAGUGUUGGGAGCGUUCACAACUUCUGGAGGCAAGUCGUUCCAUAGAUUCAUUGUUCUAAACUGUCAGGAAAUGUGAAUUAAUGUCAAGAGUUGCUCAGGGUUUAGGUCAGGACCAGAGAGCUAUAGAACAUCAUUCCCCACGGUGUCUUUUGCUCUUCUGCGUGCAAGAUUCACUCAACCUUCAUUCGACAAGAGUCAAGGAUGCUCUACUACAAUUUCUGCCUGGGACAAGGGGUAGUAUUACCGGCCCAGCAGAAGAGGAGGAAACGAUAAGUUUGACCUUCUGGAAAAUUACACAUUCACUCAAAUUGCCACCCCCGACAAGGGGGAAAACAAGGUGAGCUGAGCCGCCGGUAAACAAGAUCAAUGCUACACAGGCAGAAAAGAAAACCGUCUCCACCCCACUGUGUAAGAAACAAGCAGGUACAGGAGAGUGGAGCACUGAGCAGGCUUCAGCAACUAGCCAGUCAAGCCAUUGGAACAGAUCUCGAGUUGGAGAAUCCACAAAGGGUCGGUGGAGGGCAAUCCAGGUGCAAGCCGAGUCCUCAAAAUACUCCGGGUUUGCAGAAGACUAAGAAGAUCAACAGACCUUUACGCAUCCAAUGAUGUUCCAGGCCAUCAGAAUACUUUCUGUCUUAUUAAUGCUCCCUGCUCAACAUAUGGGAAUAGACCCAUCUUGUCCCCAUUUGGAUCCAGAACUGAAACUCUGGCAGCCAGGACAUGACGAAAAGAAUCACGUAGUGAUUAGCCAAGGCCAAAAGCUUCUCCUAUCUUCUUCUGCCACCGUUCAUUCCAUUGUCAUCACAAAUGGAGGAAAACUAGUGAUUAAAGAUAACACAGCCCCCAUUGUUUUACGCACUCGUCAUAUACGGAUAGAAAAUGAUGGAGAACUACAUAUCGGGAGUGAGAAUUGCCCUUUCCGGAGCAGUCUGACAAUCAUCUUAUAUGGACGGGCUGAUGAUGGCAGCCAACCAGACAGUUACUUUGGGCGAAAGUUCAUUGGCGUCAUUGACGGCGGGACUCUUGAGGUUCACGGUGAGCGGAAGCUGUCCUGGACUUUCUUAAACAAGACUCUGAAUCCAGGGGGAUUGGAAGAAGGGGGCUAUUACUUUGAACGAAGCUGGGGGCAUCGUGGGAUCAUCGUCCAUGUCAUCGAUCCCAAGACCGGAGCUGUCAUCCAUUCUGAUCGAUUUGACACCUACAAACUCAAAAGCGAAAGCCUCCGCUUUGUGCAAUAUUUGAACGCUGUGGAAGAUGGCAUGAUCUUGUCGGUCGCGGUCAAUGACGAAGGCUCCAAGAAUUUGGAUGACUUGGCCAGGAAAGCAAUGACCAAACUGGGCAGCAAGCAUUUCCUCCACCUUGGCUUUAGGCAUCCCUGGAGCUUCAUUACUGUCAAAGGAAAACCUUUGUCAUCUGUGGAAGAUCAUGUUGAAUAUCAAGGACGCAAAGGUUCAGCUCUUGCCAAAGUAUUCAAAUUGUUCCAGGCUGAAAACGGAGAACGUUUCAAUGUGUCUUCAACCAGUGAAUGGGUUCAAGAUGUUGAGUGGACUCAGUGGUUUGAGAAGCCAAAAAUAUCAAAAUCCAAAGAUGGAGAGAGACUCUCAGACUUAAGAGCUGCUCACCCAGAAAUCUGCGAUCAUCCUGUGGAUCUCCAGGCGGUCACACUUGAGGGAACGAAACUGGCAACUGAGGUCCUAUACAAAAAAGGCCAUGAUUAUAGGUUUUUUUGCCGUGGCCCAGAGCAGACGGAGAAAGGCUGUCAUAACUACAGAGUGCGCUUCUUAUGUGGCCAACCUGCAAGACCCAAGCUUACCAUGCAGGUAGAUACCAACGUGAACAGUACAAUCCUGAGAUUGGCUGACAACGUGCAGUCGUGGAAGGUGGGAGACAAAAUCGUGGUGGCCAGCACGGACUACUCCAUGCACCAAGCUGAAGAGUUUGAGAUCUUGCCCUGCAGAGCCUGUAAGCCCAACGAAGUCAAAGUGGCAGGAAAAGCCAACUACCUUCACACAGGAGAGAUAAUUGACGGAGUUGACAUGCGAGCGGAAGUCGGGCUGCUCACCCGGAACAUUCUGGUGAAGGGAGAGAUGGAGAGGAGAUGUUACAAUUAUAAUGCCCAUCUGUGUUCCUUCUUCGAUUUUGAUACUUUUGGUGGCCACAUCAAGAUUGGACUUGGAUUUAAAUCGGUCCACAUGGAAGGCGUGGAGCUGAAGCACAUGGGCCAGCAGUUGCUGGGACACUACCCAAUUCAUUUCCACAUGGCUCAAGAUGUGGAUGAGAAGGGAGGCUACCAGCCCCCUACCUACGUGAAAGAUAUGUCUAUCCAUCACACCUUCUCUCGUUGUGUCACGGUGCAUGGCUCCAACGGUUUGUUGAUCAAGGACGUGGUUGGGUAUGACUCGUUGGGUCAUUGCUUCUUCACUGAAGAUGGGCCUGAAGUACGUAAUACCUUUGAUCACUGCCUUGGACUUGUGGUGAAACCAGGCACUUUGCUACCGUCCGACAGGGACACAAGAAUGUGCAAGACCAUUACUGAAGAUGCUUAUCCAGGAUAUGUCCCAAAACCUAGACAGGAUUGCAAUGCCGUAUCAACUUUCUGGCUGGCAAACCCACAUAACAACCUCAUAAAUUGCGCAGCUGCAGGAUCUGAAGAAACAGGAUUUUGGUUUGUGCUACAUCACGUACCAACAGGACUUUCUGUUGGAAUGUACCCACCUGGCUAUUCGGAACACAUUCCAAUGGGCUCAUUUUACAACAAUCGGGCCCACUCCAACUACAGAGCUGGAAUGAUAAUUGAUAAUGGGGUCAAAACAACGCCAGCAUCAGCCAAAGACAAACGGCCAAUCCUGACUCUGAUUUCUGGAAGAUACAGCCCACACCAGGAUGCUGACCCUUUGAAGCCCAGGGAGCCAGCUCUCAUUCAACGUUUCAUCGCUUACAAGAACCAGGACCAUGGAGCUUGGUUGAGAGGAGGCGAUGUGUGGUUGGACGACUGCCAGUUCGCUGACAAUGGGAUUGGCCUCACUCUGGCUAGUGGAGGAACCUUCCCGCACGACGACGGAUCAAAACAAGAAAUUAAAAAUAGCCUUUUUGUGGGUGAAAGUGGAAAUACAGGGACUGAAACUAUGAACAACAACAUCUGGGGGCCUGGAGGAUUAGACCACAGUGGACGGACUUUACCCAUUGGACAGAAUUUCCCAAUCAGAGGCAUUCAGUUCUAUGAUGGACCAAUCAAUGUUCAGAAUUGCACUUUCCGAAAAUUUGCUGCACUGGAAGGCCGACAUACCAGUGCUCUGGCUUUCCGCCUGAACAACGCCUGGCAAAGUUGCCCCAACAACAACGUCACAAAUUUGUUCUUCGAAGAUGUCCCGAUUUCCUCCAGAGUUUUCUUCGGAGAACCUGGGCCUUGGUUCAAUGGGUUGGACAUGGAUGGCGAUAAAACAUCCGUUUUCCAUGAUGUGGAUGGCUCUGUGUCAGAAUAUCCUGGAUCAUACCUGAUCAAGGAGGACAAUUGGCUCAUUAAGCAUCGAGACUGCAUUGAAGUUCCAGACUGGAGAGGAUCCAUCUGUAGUGGACGCUAUGCACAGGUCUACAUCCAAGCAUAUAAGUCCUCCAACCUGAAGAUGAAAAUCAUCAAAAAUGACUUCUAUACCCAUCCCUUGUAUCUAGAAGGCGCCCUGAGCAAAAGUACCCAUUAUCAACAAUAUCAGCCUGUGAUCACUCUGCAGAAAGGCUACACCAUCCACUGGGACAAGGCAGCUCCUGAGGAAUUGGCUAUCUGGCUCAUCAAUUUCAAUAAGAACGACUGGAUCCAAGUUGGAUUUUGUUAUCCUAAAGGGACAACAUUUUCCAUUCUCUCAGAUAUUCACAAUCGCCUUUUGAAGAAAACCUACAAAACAGGGGUGUUUUACCCAGCUCUUCAAAUGGACAAACUUGAAUAUCGAUAUCCUACUAAAGGCUACUACUACUGGGAUGAAGACACUGGGUUGUUAUUUCUCAAACUGAAAGCUCAGCAUGAGAAGGAGCCAUUUGCUUUCUGCUCUAACCGAGGCUGUGAACGGAUCCGGAUCAAAGCCAAUAUCCCUAAGCAAACUGGUACCAGUGAUGUGAAGCUCUGGCUUAUCCGAAAAUAUGCCGAGAAGCCAACAGUGGAUGUGCCAAUGCCCAAAAAACUGCCUAGUGCACACAUGAUCAAGAAGGAUCAUUUUGUAGAGCUGAAGAUAGACAGCUACAAGACCAAAUAUUACCAUCUCAAGGAUGACUUUGCCUAUAUCUCAGUUGAUGGCAAGUCAUUCUAUCUUUCUGAAGAGGGUAUUCAGGUAGUCGUGAUUGAUGGUCACGAAGGAAAAGUUGUUGACCGGAUGAGUUUCAAAAAUAUUAUUCUGCAAGGAAUCCCAGCGCAGAUCAUCAAUUACGUCAACAACAUUCGAAACAAUUCUAUAGUGGUGAUGACCUCAAAAGGAAGGUUUGUUUCAAAAAGUCCAUGGACCAAAGUCCUGGAGACGCUUGGAGCAAAACCCGGCUUUAAAUUGAAAGAUAAAAUGGCUUUUGUCGGCUACAAGGGCAGUUUCCAGCCAUUCUGGAUCAAGCUGGAGACCGAUGAGGACGCCGUGAGGAUCUUUCAAGCGCUGCCCGUUCCUGUGGUGAAGAAAAUGAAACUCUGAGGGAGCAUCUCUCUUUUUCAAAACGCCCUCCAGAGAACAAGGGAUGAGAGGAAUGGUGGCUCUUCUAAGAUGUAAUAUAUUUUGUUGCUGUACAUAAGAGAGAAGUUACUGUAAAUAUGCCUUCACCUUGAACAAUCAACAUUCCUUGACCAAAUGAGUCCACUUUGGUUUGAUCUGUUUCGAUUAACUAACAAGAUUCCCUGACCUGCCAGCAGGUUCAGGGCAACAGGUCUCAUCUCGUCUCAUUUCUAUGAAGCCACCAGGCCACCUCGUGAUUGAUUCGUGGAUCACUGUGGUCCUGAAUUAAUUGGACGUACGGAAGAUGCUUCUUCUUCUUCUUCUUCUCCAAUUCAACCUUUCACUCGUCUUGAAUGUUCAAAUGCAGACUCAGGAAACGAAUCCCGUUUUUACGUGGUACUGCUGGCUAUGUAAAAUAAGGAUGUGUAAGCUAAAGUCGAUAUGCACAGCUUAGCAAGGACUGCCAAAUGUCAGGGCCCAUCAGCAUUGCUAGGACAUCAUCGGGCGCUGCGAAGGGCGGACAAGAGAGGGGAGUUUUACAGACGGAGUUUCACGUCUCGUUCAAAUACUAGAAUAGCCUUAAGCUUCCUAAUUAUUACAUUAAAGCUAUUACGGAGAUUGGUGGGAGAUCUCACCCAACAAGACAAUGAAGAUUCAGUCUUAGGAAAUCGUAGUUUAUGAAACAAUUACUUACUCUGAUGUUACAGGAUAUAUUUGGCUAAAGAGGAACGCCUAUCCUUUUUUCCCAGCCUGAAAGAUGUUACUUCUUCCCUCGUAUGCAUAUUUAAUAAUUGAAACUAUAUUGAGCUAUAGGCAAAAACAGGGUUAUAUAUACGUUCCCUGCCCUCGUUCCUGGAUCAAAAAGUUUCAAAUCUCAACAGCCAUCGAGCGAGAAUAUUGUACAAUAACGAUAGUCCUUAAGGGUGGUUUCAACCAAAAGUCUCCAGCCUCUGCCCUUCUGUACAGGUAGUCCUCGACUUACGACCACAAUGGAGUCCAACAUUUCUGUUGCCAAGUGAGACAUUUGUUAAGGGAAUUUUGCCCCAUUUUACCACCUUUCUUGACACAGUUGUUAAGUGAGUAACAUGGUUGGUUAAGUCAAUCUGACUUUGCUUGUCAGGUCAUCGCAAAAGGUAAUGACUCCAAGACACUGCAGCCGUCAUAAAGAUGAACCAGUCGCCAAGCAUCCAAAUUUUGAUCACGUGAUCACAGGGAUGCUGCAACGGUCUUAGGUGUGAAAAAUGGUCGUAAGUUACUUUUUUUGGUGCCGUCGUAACUUCGGUCAUUAAAUGAAGAUUGUUAAGUCGAGGAUUACUUGUAACUUAAGAGUGACGUUUUAAGGUUUCUGCUAUCCAACUCACCGUUUAUGUUCUAUGAAUCCUGUGACUUUUCCGAAAUUAUAUCCACAAGUUGUGGAUAUAGCAGCCUACAUUUAACAGUCAGCUUUACAUGAUCUUUUGAUUUUUUUUUGUGCGUAUGUCAGUUCAAAUCUUUUACCCGAAAUAGCUGGUCCUUUUUCGGAACAAGUUGUAUAGCGUUUUAUAUAUUUUCUAAAAAACAAACAAACAAAAAACCUUGAUGGGGGAAUAUUUAUUUAUUGCAAAGGCACUAAAAGGGUUAUAACGGAAGAGAGCAAAGAUGUUACAAGGGGGAGGAGGGGGGGGAGGUUGCCAAACAGUAAAACAAAAAUAAAAAUAAAAUGGGAAACUCUCUCUUUGCAGUUGAAAUAUUUUUAAUGGCCGCAGAUGUGGCACCCUGUCUCUUGGCAGGAUUUUUUUUUUAGUACGAUAAACCUCUUGUUUCCAAAUGUUUUCAAUUGCAACUUAACAUUUUGUGAUUUGGAAUACACAAUUUAUUGAAAUAAAAUUUCAGUGCAAUUUG